AGAAGGAGCUGACAGCUUCGGCAGUGCCGAGGUGCCGCUGCUGGUGAUCAUUGGAUCGCCUGGGACCCUUUUGUUGGGCUGUGUUGGAGCUGGACUCACCGUUUUGGGACUUUUGUCUAAUAAUGUUUUCUCUUUUUUUUUGUUUGGUUCUUUUGUUUAUCCCCUGAGGAUGGUGUUGGGCGAGGGGGAUGCUGGUAGAAAAGAUGCAGAUGGCAGAGAAAGAGUAUAGGUAGUGGCGUAUAGUUGACGGCUCAGAGGGAUUGAGGAGCCAAUUGGCGCUGGUGACAGGCCUGACGGGAUGAUUCAAGGACAACAAGUGAAGCUGAAGCUACUCAUCUGCACCAAACGCACCCGGCGGCGCUGGCUCUUAAGUACUCUGGCGAUUCUGGCUCUGGUGAGCUCGUCGACGCUUCGUGACUCUUGCCAUCGUCACGGUACGCCACGGUACUUGGCGCUGGUGACCUCGUUGCCCCUCCCCGGGUGGGCCAGCCAGGCCCAGAACUGGAGCCCCCCCUGCGCUGGCCGAGUGCCGCUAGAGCGCUGUAGCACUGUACAUGUACGUCCGGUACAGCGAGUACAUUGUGUCCCUCCGGCACGCCUGGCCCGCUUAAGCUGCUUCUCGAAUCUUUUUUUUCGUCUCGUUAGCCCGGCACAGUGCCAGCCGGUGAUCCGGGCCGGUCGAGCUCGCUUUUUGCGUCGCCCUAUGACCUGCUUCAGGGCCUUGCCGCUUCCCCCAGCGCCUGUGUUUUAGGGGGCCUGGCCGCUAGCAGCAUCACGUUGGCUGUUGCUGGGCUUCUCG